AUGAGUUACCCAACUAAUUUCGACGUGGACAUUCAUUCUUUACCAAUCAAAGGAAACUGCCAGUGCACAAUCGAAAUUAAACCAUGUGGUCCCCAGGAGGACAGACGCAUGGAUGGGACAUGCAACAACUACGGAGUUCCCGCGGGAGGAGCCAGCGGAGGACCUUACAAGAGAAUGGCUCUACCAGAGAACAAAAAAGCUGAUCUGCCAUCAGCACGAAACGCCAGAACCACUCUUUUGUCAAUAGGCCGAGAUGAUGAUCAACCAGGAGGGUUCCUCACUUCGGCGUCAUCGGCCUUUAUCAAUUUCAUUACAAGUGAUAUCAGUGCUAUUGAUACUUCAAUUUCAGUCAACAAGUCUGACGACCGCUGCUGUGGUAUAAAAGACAAACAAGGUCCAAGAUGUUUUCCAAUUUUCAUAUCUAAAAAUGGUUCAACAUCUGAAAAAGAAUGCUUGGAGUUUUAUCGUGCUGUAACUUUUAAAGAAUUGGGUUGUUCCUAUGACUACCAGAUAAAUUUCCAAACACCAGCCAUUGAUCUUUCCCAAAUAUACGGAGUUGAUGAAUCCUCCCAUAAAACAGUUAGGAAAGGAGAAAAUGGUUUGCUAAGUGAAUUCGAAAACAAUACUAAUAAUACAAGAAACAUAGGAAGUAAUGCGAAGAAAUUUGAGUCUAAAGUUUGUGUCCCUAGUGGAAACACAACCACAUGUUAUUAUAUAUUUGGUCCGCCUAAUGCUUACAACUACGACAUAAGAUCGACUAUAUUAAGCACCUGGUUCAUACGUGAGCAUAACCGCCUAGCCACAGCUCUUCACGAGCUUAACCCAUGCUGGAAGGACGACAGGCUUUUCAAAGUAGCAAGGAGUAUUAAUAUAGCUACUGUUGCCAAUAUUUUCCUUUACGAACUUCUUCCACUAAUCAUGGGGUACAGAAACAUGGUUAACUCGGGACUUCUAUCUCAGCAAAUAGAGUACGUGACUCUUUACGAAGACGCAGUACCACUUGUUUACACCGAGUAUGUGAGUGCGAUGAACUAUUUCUUGACACUAAGGAAUGGGAGAAUCAAGAAAUUCGACGACAACAAUAGGUACAUCGGAGAUUUACAUUUGAACGAGACUCUGUUCAACCAGGAAUUAAUAGGAAGUGGUAAAAACUACGACGAGAUUAGCCGAGGGAUGAUUCUCCAGAAAGCUGGAAAAGUCGACAGCGAACUGGACCCAGAGAUCGGAGAAGUUAUUUAUAAUGGGAAUGAAAAAUCCCCUGACCUGUUCACGGCGGGCAUACAAAGAAGCAGGGAUAUGGGCGUCGCUUCAUACAAUAGGUAUCGGGAGAUGUGUGGGAUGACAGCCGCUAAGAAGUUCCACGACUUUUUGGAUUCCAUGUCUUUGGAGAAAAUGGAGGCGCUCAAAGAUCUCUACAACACAGUCGAUGAUGUUGAACUCAUCCCUGGUUUGAUGAGUGAAAUUCCAGUCCAGAAUGGCCUGAUAGGACCUACACUGUAUUGUAUUAUAACCAAACAGUUACAACUUUUCCGAUAUUCAGACCGUUUUUGGUUUGAAAGAGGAGAUCAGUUUCACAGUUUUCUAUUCCCCCAGCUACAAGAAAUCAGAAAGAGUAACAUGGCAAGAGUAGUGUGUGACAAUUCGCAGGCAAUCGAGUUCAUACAACCUCAUGCUUUCCAGGCCACAGGACCCGGGAACAUGCCGCUCCCUUGCUCGUUCAUCCCAGGUCCGGACUUAACAGCGUGGUCUGACAGCAGCUGUGGGAAAGGGAAUACACCAAAUCAGUUCCCUUCAAGGAUUCCAAUAGAUGGGCCGUACUCGUAUAUGGAAAUUUUAACGUUUUUCGACGAUAUGUUGAGAAAUAAAACUAUGUCACAUGUGUAA